GACACUUUAGUUAUACGAUUGAAUUUAUUUGCCUGUCCUUUUCUAUUUAUGUACAGUAUCCAGUUAGACAGAUAAUCAGUGGAGGUUCAAUAUGGUGGUCACCUGACAACCAACAUUUGUCAUUAAUUUGUUCCCAACAAAGAAUGACAUCAAGGUCAGUUCAGAAAACACUACCACAUCAUAUAUACUCCACAUCCUCUAUAUGGAUAUAUUACCCAUGGUAAAUCCAACCUACACUUGCCUCUUUGUGCUGGCGUGUCUGCUGUAUUUAAGCUCCUGGGUUGUAACAUGGUUUGGAAAGACAUCCUGUCCCGGUGUGGCUAUCUGCCCCAGGGAGAAAGCGUAACAAUGCCAUAUAAUGUGCACUCACUCUGUAGAACUGUUUAAAGAGGUCGGUGAGAACGAAUGAACACAGGAAUACAAGCACAGAGAGAUUAUAAACUGAUAACACAGUGAGAAACGGUCUGACCUUUGAUCAACAUAAUCUAGGUGUAUCGUCUGACUAGUGAUUGUGUAUUAGUUCAAGGAACUGGUUUAAUUAAUCUGGAGUGGUACAUCAAAAAUAUCUUCCUCCAGAGUUCAAAAUAGCCAAUCUAUGCUAUUUCAAAUGUCUUAAACAUUAAAAUUACAUCAGUAUAAUGGUUAUUGUUAUAGUUCUGCCAAAUCACUGUGUCCAUGAUUAUCUUAGCCACAGACACAUUAGAGAGUAUUAACAGUUCAUUAAUAAAGGGACUCCACCACAACUAUACAAAUCGGUCAGGGCUGACGCAUUUCUUACUAUUGUCUGGAUGUGUGUUGAGGGAAUAAUACACAUGGAGAGUUAUUAUACCUAAGGGAUGGAUGCGGUUACAGUAUAAAAACCAACUGGAGGUUCUCAGUGUCACCAGUGCUGAAGGACCUGCUAUUCCUGUACUGUACUUGCCCCAGAAAAUGUUGAAGAACUGCAUUGUGUAUUCACUGCUUUUUGUCAUUUCCAACAUGCAAGAUCCCAUAAAGCAAAGGAUCAUCGGCGGCCUAGAGGUUGAGCCCUACUCCAUAAAAUACCAGGCGUCACUACAGUAUAACAGCCAGCACUACUGUGGAGGAACACUUAUUCACCCACAGUGGGUGGUGUCUGCUGCACACUGCUGGAAGCCAAACUAUUUGAUCAAAGUCGUGCUGAAUGAGUAUGAUCUUUUCAAGAAAGAGGGAGUGGAGCAGGUGUUUAAUGUCUCCAAAACCCUAGUCUACUACCUGUACAACUACAGGACAUUUGAUAAUGACAUCAUGCUCCUCAAACUUGAACAGCCAGCUGACCUGAACAGUAACGUGCAGCCGGUUAAGAUGCCGAGCACAGACACCCCACCAACCUUCGGAGGCAUGCUCUGUGUAGUCAGCGGCUGGGGUGUCACACAGGUCUACAGCUACUAUCUGUCCCCCGUGCUGCGUGCUGUGGAUGUACAGAUCAUUCCCAACUGCCAGAACUACUAUUUGUACAGAAUAACAGACAACAUGGUGUGUGCCGGCUCUCCGCUGGGAGGAAAAGACUCGUGCCAGGGUGACUCAGGUGGCCCUCUUGUAUGUAACGGCUACCUCGAAGGCAUCGUCUCCUGGGGUAUUGGCUGUGCCAGUCCAUAUUUCCCUGGUGUCUACACCAAGGUUCGUAACUACAUCCGCUGGAUCAACUUGACCAUUGAUGCCAAUAGGGACUAGACUGUUUUUUCUUCCUGCAGCUUUUUACAGAAAGAAGUGACAUAUCAAAUACAUAGUGCCUGUGAGAAGUCUGAGACACAGCGCUUUCUGGUAUUAAUAAAUUAGAUUGGGGUCUGGGAAUAAAGUAAAAUCAGACCAAAAUGCAAAAGGUAAGGUUGUAAUGUGUGGGAAAGUUUGCAUAUUCUGGGCAUAUAACAAAGAAUGCGAGUUAAAAACAAGACAUUUAAUGCAUUAGGUCUUGUGUGUUUCUUCAUUAUUAGAAGUAGCUUUCUUCCAUUUUUGUUGAACACUGCUAAACACAGUGCUAAGCAAGUGAAAAGGCAUAAAAGUUGUUCUUAAUCUAUUCUUACAUAUUUUUCAAGCAAUAAAAUGAGAAAAAAGUAUUUGACAGAGGCUUGAAAUGAGUAGACACUUUGUAAUGGGUUUAAUGGUCACAUGGGUUGGUUUUAUAAUAGGAAAUACUAGAUCUGUUCAUCAAUAUUCAUGAUAUUUUCAUUUUCUAAGAUGUCCAUUUAUACAAGUAUAAUAUACAAUGUUUCCCAUUUGAAAACCAUUGAGUGCACAAACCUUUGCAGCCAGUGGCGUAUACACCUAGUCAAACCACCGAGAGGUGAAGAGGACAAUACAAGCAACGAACAGUCGGUUUUCACGGUUGAUGUGAUGGAAGCAGGAAAAACGGGAAAGCGUUUGAGGCUUUGACAAAAGGGCAAAAUGUAAUGGGGAGACAACUGGGCCCGAACUUGUGGAGUGCUCCAGAUAUGACAGUUAUAAAAAGGUGAUCAACUGGUUCUCUAAUUUGGUUUGGAUUUGUUAGAGCGAGAGGGAAAAACAAACAAAAAAACAUGAAAAUAAAGGAGGAACCAAUUUACAGCCAGAAUGUCAGUUUGUGGUGAUCCUCCUGUUUGUGUUGGCUUGUGAAUUGAAUGACAACCUUUUUAUGUUUGCUAAUAAAAUGUCUACCUUGCAAAAAAGGCAGAACACGACUGCGAGGUCAUAUAAAAUGCCUGUAGCUGAAAUAUUUUCAUUGGAAAAAAAUUGGAAGAAUAAAAUGUACUGUUUGUUAUUAUCAUACCACAUUGUUGUGUUUG